AUGCAGGACACAGCGUGUUUCCACGUGUACCACAAGAUCACCGUCUGGGUGCCAGAGUCGUGUCUUCUGGUCAGCAUCGGUCUGAUCGUGGGCGCCAUCAUGCACUCCGUCAAGGAGGAGCCUCCCGCUGUGCUCUCCAGCAACGUCUUCUUCCUCUACAUGUUGCCCCCCAUCGUCCUGGAUUCGGGCUACUUCAUGCCCACCAGGCCUUUCUUCGAGAACGUCGGCACGGUGCUGUGGUUUGCAGUGGUGGGGACUCUGUGGAACAGCAUCGGUAUCGGCAUGUCCCUGUUUGCCAUCUGCCAGAUCGAGGCGUUCGGCGUCCAGGACAUCAACCUGCAGGAGAACCUGCUGUUUGCCACCAUCAUCUCUGCCGUGGACCCCGUGGCUGUGCUCAGCGUGUUCGAGGACGUGUCCGUGAACGAGCAGCUCUACAUCGUGGUGUUUGGGGAAUGUCUCUUCAACGACGCCGUCACUGUGGUGUUGUACAACAUGUUCAGCUUUGUGGCGAACAUGCCGGUGGUGGAGCCGGUGGACGUGUUCCUGGGCGUGGGGAGGUUCUUCGUGGUCGGGCUCGGCGGCCUGGGCUUCGGCGUCCUGUUCGGCUUCGUCGCCGCCUUCACCACGAGAUUCACGUCCAGGGUGCGGGAAAUCGAGCCGCUCUUCAUCUUCAUGUACAGCUACCUGGCCUACCUGGUCGCCGAGCUUUUCGCCAUCUCGUCCAUCAUGGCCAUCAUCACCUGCGCGCUCACCAUGAAGUACUACGUGGAGGAGAACGUGUCGCAGCGCUCCUGCACCACCAUCCGCCACGUGGUCAAGAUGCUGGGCUCCAUCUCCGAGACCCUCAUCUUCUUCUUCCUCGGCGUCGUCACCAUAACGACGGAUCACGAGUGGAACGUGGGCUACAUCCUGUUCACGCUGCUGUUUGCCUUCAUAUGGAGAGGCCUGGGCGUCUUGGUGCUGACUCAGAUCAUUAACCCUUUCCGCACCAUCCCGUUCAACAUGAAAGAUCAGUUCGGUCUGGCCUACGGUGGCCUGCGGGGCGCAAUUUCCUUCGCCUUGGCUUUCACUCUCCCCGACAGCAUCAGUCGCAAGCCACUCUUUGUCACGGCCACCAUCGUCAUCAUCCUCUUCACAGUGUUUAUCCAGGGCAUCAGUAUUCGUCCUCUGAUCGAGUUCAUCAACGUCCGAAGAACCAACCGCAACCUGGACACCAUCAACGUAGAGGUCCACUGCAGGCUCAUGGAGCACACGAUGGCAGGUAUAGAGGACCUGUGUGGACAGUGGAGUCACUUCUACUGGAAGGACAAGUUCAUGAAGUUCAACACUCGGAUCCUGCGUCGCAUCCUGAUCAGAGACAGCCGCUCCGAGUCCAGCAUCGUGGCGCUGUACAAGAAGCUGGAGCUGCAGAGCGCCAUGGAGAUCCUGGACACGGUGUCGGGAGACAUCAGCGCCGCGCCGUCCAUCGUCUCCCUCUACGAGGAAAAGAAAAGUGCUGCUAAACCCAAGAAGAAGUUCAUGGCAGGUGACCUGAGGAACAUGCACGACAUCCUGUCCAAGAACAUGUACAAGAUCAGGCAACGGGUGAGACAGAGAAACUCUGACAAAGCUUUUUAUUCUCAGCUGUGGAGCAAAGACGUUUUUUUUGUCUUCACUGAUUUUUCUUUUUUCUUUCUUGAUUUUCCAUCGAAACAAAACAAGGUGAAAACCUGGUUCUUGUGGAAAUUGCUGGAAGAAAGAAAGAAAAGUGAUGCUAUCAUCGUGUG